AUGCUGGGCUGGUUCGAGCGGGUGGUUCCCCAGCCCCCCGUGCCCCAUCUGACAGAAGAGACCCCCCCGGCCCCAGUGCAGGAUCCAGAGCCAGCUAAGGCACUGACGAGAAAGGCCAGUGGCCCUGGAGAUGCUGCUGACUAUGCACGCACCGAGGGGCUGGAGAAGGUGAUGCCCCAGCCAGUUCCAGCCCCAGGGACACUGCAGGCACUUGGGAAGAGCUUUGAGACAAGCAUCGAUGUUCCCGAUCAGACAGAGGUGCAGAUCCUCGGGGACGAUGAUGAGGAUGGUCUGGUGAUAACCCCCUUCGAUCCAGAGGAUGAUGAACUGGAUGGCUGCGACCCUGAGGCUGGCUUGCCGGGAGCCUUUCUGGGCCUCCUGGUCGGUGAUGCUGGCACUACUGGCACCCAGAACUGGGUGAUAACCCCCUUCGAUCCAGAGGAUGAUGAACUGGAUGGCUGCGACCCUGAGGCUGGCUUGGACACGGGCACGGGGCAGUGGGCAGGGGCACGGGUGAUCAGCUGGCUGGCGCAGGGCUUCGAGAGGAUGGUGCCGCAGCCGGAGGUGCCGAAAAAGUCAGAGGUGAGCAUCGCCCAUCCAGGGGGCUGUGGUGCAGAGCCGGAUCCAAAGGAGCAGAAGUGCGAAGCCACAGCAGGAGUCUGCAUUGUCCCUGAGGAACCCAAGGAGACUGACCUCAUCCUCGAAGAGAUCACCGAUGACUGCAUUGAUGAAGCCACGUGCAAGAUGAUAGCCCUGGGCCUCGAGGCUCAGCUGGUGGCAGAUACUCAUCCCCUUCCCCCCAUACAGGAGGAACCUCAGGAAGAAGAAAACAGGCUGUGGAUGUGCUCCCUGAGCACUGCUGAGGAGGAGGGGGAGGGGGAAGAAAAGGAGAAGAAGGGGAAGGAGGAGGAGGAGAAGGAAGAAAAGGAGAAGGAGGAGGAGGAGGAGGAGGAGGAGGAGGAAAAGGAGGAGGAGGAGGAGAAGGAGGAGAAGGAGGAGGAGGCGAAGAAGGGGAAGGAGGAGGAGGCGAAGAAGGGGAAGGAGGAGGAGAAAAAGGAGAAGGAGGAGAAGAAUGCAGGACCCUUGCUCCCAUCGCCUUGUCUCACCACUGACGAGGAUGUGGAUGAAGUCCACUUCGCAGAGGAGGCCUUCAGGUUUGAGCAACUGGAAGAAGCUGAGAUAAGUGACCUCGAAGGUGCUUUUGUACAGGCGCCUAGCAGCAUGUCCAAGCGUGCCCGAGACGUCGAGCUAGAUCAGCUGGUGCACGACAAGCCGUUCGAUGGCGGGGACACCUCCCCUCCUGGCUGCACCGCGCUAGAGCAGCUCCCCAAUGUCCCCAGCUACCGAAACGCCGCUGCCUCCCACCUCCCCGGCCUUGUUGCCAGUGAGCCAAAGGCGGGAGUUGUCAACCCCAAUUUUUGCAAUGAGGAGCAAUAUCCCCUAGGCAAUUAUCCCACCGUGGACAUCAAGGCAGCGGACAGCAGAGGCGAUGCUGUGGAGAUGGAUGGUACCCACCUGCCGGUCCUCUCUGCUGGCUCCAACAUGCUGAUGGUGCCCAGCAUUGCACUGGUGUCCCCCAGGAGGAAGUUGCUGACCCCAUCGGAUGGUCUGGACGAGGCACUGGUGAACCAGUCACCCAUCCACACGCUGCUAGGCUGGGAUGAGGAGCAGAGGGAAAGCCUGCCUGAGCGCAUCGAUUCAGCCACGAGCCAGAGCAGCUUUGUCAACACCCGGCUCCAGGAGCUGGUGAAGCUCUUCAAAGCGAGGACCAAGAAGGUGAAGGAGCAGCUGAUGGACCCAGAUAUCUCCUCAGACGAUGAGAGCCCCACACCGUCCCCUGCCAAGCUGGCGCCUGCAGCAGCACCAGUGCCUCCGUCAGGAGGGGAGCCAGAGGGGGACAAACCGGAGGUGGAUGAGCACUACUGUGAGAUGCUGUGCUGCACCUUCAAGUACCGGCCUUGGCUGGACCACCUGAAAAACUACCAGUUCCCCAGCAGCAUCGACCCACUCACCAAUCUGAUGUACGUGCUGUGGCUCUUCUUCGUUGUCAUGGCCUGGAACUGGAACUGCUGGUUGAUCCCCGUCCGCUGGGCUUUUCCCUACCAGACGCCAGCAAACAUCCACUGCUGGCUGCUCAUGGACUACCUCUGUGACUUCAUCUACCUGCUGGACAUCCUUGUCUUUCAGACCCGGCUGCAGUUCGUCCAGGGAGGAGACAUAAUAACUGAUAAAAAGGCCAUGAAAGAGAACUACCUGCGAUCGCAACGCUUUAAGAUGGAUGUGGUUUGCCUCCUGCCCCUGGAUUUCUUCUACUUCAAAGUUGGUGUGAACCCUCUCCUGCGCUUUCCUCGCUGUCUGAAGUACAUGGCCUUCUUUGAGUUCAACAACCGCCUGGAGGCUAUCCUGAGCAAGGCAUACAUCUACAGAGUGAUUCGGACCACUGCCUAUUUACUGUACAGCCUGCACGUGAAUUCCUGCCUCUACUACUGGGCAUCAGCCUACGAAGGACUGGGCUCUACCACCUGGGUCUACGAUGGGGAAGGAAACAGCUACAUCCGCUGCUACUACUGGGCAGUCAAAACCCUCAUCACUAUCGGGGGCCUGCCGGACCCCAAGACGCUGUUCGAGAUCAUCUUCCAGCUGCUGAACUACUUCACAGGCGUCUUUGCUUUCUCCGUCAUGAUAGGCCAGAUGAGAGAUGUGGUCGGUGCCGCUACCGCCGGGCAAACUUACUAUCGGAGCUGCAUGGACAGUACCAUUAAAUACAUGAACUUCUACAAAAUCCCCAAAACCGUUCAGAACCGGGUGAAAAUGUGGUACGAGUACACGUGGCAUUCACAAGGCAUGCUAGAUGAGUCAGAGCUGCUGGUGCAGCUGCCGGACAAGAUGAGGUUGGACAUUGCCAUCGACGUGAACUACAGAAUUGUCAGCAAAGUGGCCCUUUUCCAGGGCUGUGACAGGCAGAUGAUCUUUGACAUGCUGAAGCGGCUCAGAUCGGUGGUCUACCUGCCUAAUGACUACGUGUGUAAGAAGGGAGAAAUCGGCCGGGAGAUGUACAUCAUCCAGGCAGGACAAGUGCAGGUGCUGGGAGGACCCGAUGGCAAAACUGUGCUGGUGACCCUGAAAGCUGGAUCCGUGUUUGGAGAAAUUAGCUUGCUGGCGGCAGGAGGGGGAAAUCGCCGAACAGCGAAUGUCGUGGCUCACGGCUUCGCUAACCUCUUCAUCUUGGAUAAGAAGGACUUGAACGAGAUUUUGGUGCAUUAUCCGGAGUCUCAGAAGCUGCUGCGUAAGAAGGCCAAAAAAAUGCUGAAAAACAACAAUAAACCCAAAGAUGAGAAAGGAGCCCCUGGACACUCGCUGAUCAUUCUGCCAAAACCUGAGACCCCGAAGCUCUUCCAGGCUGCCCUGGCCGCUGUGGGAAGGACGGGGGGCAAAGCGUCCCUGGCCCAGCUGCGGUGGAGGCUGAGGAAGCUGAAGGCAAUGCAGGCGGCACAGUUGUGA